AUGGACACCUCCUCAACUCAAUGUCGUGUAGCCGGCACUAAAACUUCAAACGAAAUGGAUUUGAAAAAAAAAAAAUGGAAGAAAAAAAAAAAUGCUGCCACUUUCUUUGUUAGUCAUAAAACUUGGCCAAAGAUCAAAAUAAGACCUUUAAAUUUUAUUAGAAAUAUAUCAAGAGUGUCGAGAAUGGCAGGUGCUAAAGAGUCAAAUGUUCCCUUUUCCAGAGAAUCCUUGGAACAGUUAUUAAAAAGAAGAUUUUUUUACGCACCUUCAUUUGAAAUCUACGGAGGUGUUGCAGGAUUGUUCGAUUUUGGCCCACCAGGAUGUGCUUUCCAGAAUAACAUAAUUGAUGCAUGGAGAAAGCACUUUAUCUUGGAGGAGGAUAUGUUAGAAGUGGAGGCAACCAUGUUGACCCCAUAUGAAGUUUUCAAGACUUCCGGUCAUGUGGAUAGAUUUUCUGAUUGGAUGUGUAAAGACUUGAAAAGUGGUGAAAUUUUCAGAGCAGACCACUUGGUUGAAGAAGUAUUGGAAGCUAGAUUGAAGGGGGACAAAUUAGCAAGAGGUGAAAACAUCAAAGAUGAGGAAGAUGACGAGAACAAGAAAAAGAGAAAAAAGAAGGUCAAGGAAAUCAAACACGUGAAAUUGGAUGAUAACGUUGUUGAAGAAUAUGAGAAUGUCCUUGCCCAAAUUGAUGGAUACUCUGGCCCGGAGUUGGGAGAGUUGAUUACUAAGUAUGAAAUAACCAACCCUGGAACUGGAGGUAAAUUGGAACCUCCAGUGGCUUUCAACUUGAUGUUUGAUACCGCAAUCGGACCAUCUGGAAAUUUGAAAGCAUAUUUGAGGCCAGAGACUGCACAAGGUCAAUUUUUAAACUUCAACAAGUUAUUGGAAUUCAACAACGACAAAAUGCCUUUUGCUUCAGCUUCAAUUGGAAAGUCUUUCCGUAAUGAAAUUGCCCCAAGAGCAGGUUUAUUGAGAGUCCGUGAGUUCUUGAUGGCUGAAAUUGAACACUAUGUUGAUCCAGAGGACAAAUCACACGCCAAGUUUGACACCAUCAAGGACUUGAAGUUGAAAUUUUUGCCCAAAGGCGUUCAGGAGUCUGGAUCUAGCGAACUUAUUGAGAAAACUAUUGGGGAUGCAGUAAGCUCAGGCAUGGUUGAAAACGAAACGUUGGGAUACUUUAUUGCCAGAAUUUAUUUGUUUUUGAUCAAGAUUGGUACAGACCCUUCAAGAUUGAGAUUUAGACAGCACAUGUCAAAUGAAAUGGCACAUUACGCCUCUGACUGUUGGGACGCAGAAUUGGAAACAUCCUACGGAUGGAUUGAGUGUGUCGGUUGUGCCGAUAGAUCGGCAUAUGACUUGUCUGUACACUCGGCAAGAACCGGUGAAAAACUUGUUGUGAGACAACCAUUGGCUGAGCCUCGUGUUGUAGAAAAGUUUGAGAUUGAAAUUGCCAAGAAAAAGUUUGGUCCAAAGUUUAGAAAAGAUGCUGGUGUUGUCGAAAAGUGGCUUACAGAAAGGACUCAAUGUGAAUUGGAAGACUUGGGCGAGGAGUUGAAAAAGAAUGGCAAAAUUUCUGUCCAGAUUAAAGGUAUCGAGGGUAAUGUCGAGUUGGAUUCUGAACUUAUCAGCAUCGACAAAGUAAAGAGAACUGAACAUGUCAGAGAGUAUAUUCCAAAUGUUAUUGAGCCCUCCUUUGGUAUCGGCCGUAUCCUUUACUCCGUUUUUGAACACCAAUACUGGGCAAGAGGUGACGAUGCUGAUAGAGGUGUUUUAUCUCUUCCACCAAUUGUUGCACCAACCAAGGUGUUGUUGGUGCCCUUGUCUAACAGUGCAGAACUUCAGCCGAUUGUGAAGAAUGUAUCAGCCUUGUUGAAGAAAGAAAAAAUUCCGUUCAAGGUUGAUGACUCUUCUGCUUCAAUUGGUAAGAGGUAUGCUAGAAACGAUGAGUUAGGUACUCCAUUUGGUAUAACCAUAGAUUUCGAAUCAGUAAAUGACGAAUCGGUCACCUUGAGAGAAAGAGAUUCAACGAAACAAGUAAGAGGUUCAAUUAAGGAUAUAAUUGGUGCUAUCAAGGAAAUCACUUACUCGGAAGUUUCUUGGGACGAAGGAACCGCCAAACUUCAAGUUUUUGAGUCAUAA